UCGGGCCUGCCGCAGCUGUAGAGAUAAACGUUGGGAGUUGGACGGGGUAGCAGAGAAACAGGGGCUGGGGGGUCGGUGGGAGGACUUGCGAUGAGCUUUCGUGUUUCCGAGCUUUAGAAUUAAAAGCCUGACCCGGGAGGAAGUUGGCGUCUAGUUGUUAUAACAACCCGGCGGUAGGCGGGACCAGGGCGGGGCUAACGGGCUGCAGCCCAGAAACGGACGUGGAGGCGGAGUCAGGAUUCGGAGGGACUGGAGCUGCCCUUUGGCUGGGUGAGAGGAGCUCCUCAACCUGGCAGGAUGUACCCCUUGUCUGCUGGGUGAAGGAGCUCCUGAGGACCCUUCACGGCCUGGUUCGUUGGCACCGCAUAUUCCAACAACUGAAAUCUUCUCCAAACAUAUUGGGCAAUUUUCACUCCUCUGAGUUCUUAGAUGAUCUUCCCGCAGCCUGUAAAGCCUUUUCCUCCCUUAUUGCAUUGUCCUCCUGAAGAAUUUAUCAGUCUCUGGCAGUCCACUUCAUCCAAGUGAUUUUGUUGCCCUCUGAUCUGCCCUGCAGCCAGAGAACACCCCUGAUAUAUAUACCAGAUGUGUCCACAUCAUGCCGUUCCCAGGCCAUGGUGAACCAAGCUCCUGCCCAUGCUCCUGCUCCUUGGAUGAUGGUGCGCUGAGAAGCAUCCCUUGAGUCCCAACCCCCAUGACAUCCCAAGACAAAGAUGUGGGGCUGCCACUGUCCUCUCCCUGGGACGCCAUCAUGGAGGCCGUCAGGGAGCAGCUCCCAACCCUGGACUCGGAUUCCUCCUUGUCAGACUGUGAGGAAGAGGAGCUGUUCAUCUUCCAGCGAAAUCAAACUGCCCUGAUUCCAGAUUUGUCAGAGGAACUGGCUGAAGACUCUGCAGGGGCCUUGGUCACUACCUCAGGGUCUCCUCCUGAGCCAGCUGCGUGGCCUGUGGGACCCACCCCAGAUGCCUGGAGGGAGUGGACCGCAGGGACCCAGGAUUCAGCCUCCCUGGAAGGAAGGGCCUGUGUUGGGCCUUUGCACUCUCUUUUCAGGAUGCCUGCGGAGACCCACGGAUUGCAGAAUCCCUGGUGGCCACAGGGAAAGUCCACCCUCUUUGCCCAGGAAGCAGGCCUGCAGACGGAGCCCCCAGCCGCUGCCUCACUGGCCCAGGAAGGCUCCGACUCUGCCAGCCACAGAGCCCUCCGGAGGGAGAGAAGGAAGAUGAUGGAGAAAGACAUACUUCACAAAGUCACCUGGGAUGCCUGGGAUCCAGCCUGCUGUGACCUGACUCAAGUGAAGGAGAUGCCACCAGAGCGGCCCCAGGAGGGACUGCUGGUGCUCUCCCUCCAGCAACUUGAAGAGUGGGAUUUGGAUCAGGUCCUUCAGAGUCUGACAGGGCGAGAGGACGACCAGGGAGACGGUGCACCUGGAGCCGCGUGGUGGGCAGCCAACCACUGCCAGGGCCAAGACCACACUGAGCUGAGCACCCAGGACAGGCUCAUGGAACAGCUCGGCCUCCUGUGUGCCGCGCAGUCCAGAGCCUCUUCCUCUGCCCGGAGGGUGCCUGCUGAUACGCCCCGGGACAGCAAGCAGGAGGAGGCUGGAAGCAGAAGUGCUUCUAAGGGGCUGGGCAUCCACGCCGAGUUGGGCCUGAGGCUGGCGGAAGACAUGCGGCUAAGGAGCCCAGCAGAGCCUCCCACCGUCUUCAUGGAUCUGCGGCUGACGAAGCCAUCAGCCCAGGGGUCCUCGGGAAGCUCCAGCUCCCACUCCAGCUGCAGCUCCAGCUGCAUCUCCAGCUCCUCUGACAGUGAGGAGGAGGGAGGAGAGGAGACAGCAGCUCUGAGAGACCAGCGGGGCCCGGCCAGGCUACGAAGCCUAGAACACGCUGACGUGCUCUGUGACUCGGCAAGGACUGGGAGCCACAGUCCUUACUCUGAGCAUCUUGAGGAGCAGCGGACACGCUCUGGCUUUCCCCUGCUCAUGUCCCGUUUCUGUGGCAACGCAUUAGGAGGUCGGCUCCACGUGGUGUUGAUGGACAUUGCUUCUCUUGUGUCACAGGGACUGUACCGGGAAGAGUCAGCUUCUCCAGCAGCUCAGGGCAUUUCGGAAGGCAACGGCUCAGCCCGAGCUGCCUGCCGGCAAGGGUCCCAGCAGCCGAAGGCUCAGGCCCCUGGGGAUACGGCCAAAUUCAGGUGUGGGGGGAAGCAACAUGUAACACUCCGGGCAGAGAGGCAGAGCGCCCAAGCCAGACCCCCAGGAGGAAGUCCCGGGGCCCUGGGGGAACCUCUCGGGCCAGGGACAGUCAUGGAGGCCCUGGCGCCUCCCCUGGGCCAACUGUAGAUGCCUCCAGUAAUGGAUGUGAGAAGGUGAGCAGACGAUCUAAUUUUCCAUCAACACCCGAGGCCCUGGUGGCCCCCUCGCUCUCCCAUUUCCAUCGGAACGUACCUUUGCAGCACAGGGACCUUCCAACUGUGGAUCUAUCUGCAGCCCUGUGAGAAUUCAGUCAGAACAUUUUCAUGCACUGAGAGCAAAGAUGCCAGUACAGAUGUGUACACACAGCAUGACAACCCCAGUGGCCCCAACCCUCUGAAAAGGGACCAGAAGGAAACAGCAUGAAGACAGUGCUUUUGUUCUGAUACUGGGACUACAAGGCUUUUUCACCUUUUACCAUUUCUGCAUUUUUUCUGUUUAAUAUGCAUCUAUUACUUCCAACAUACAAGUUGUUUUUUUUUUAAACUGUAAAACAUAUUUAGCAAAUUUCAGGUCUUGAAAGAGAAUUUAGCUUGAUUUUCUGGGUCCUGGAUGUUUGCUGUUUUGUGCUCCUAAAUUAAUACCACAAACACACGCACGCACACACAGAGACCAAGUGGACUUUCUGAUAAAGGGGUCCACUGAAAUUUACUUUUGUUUAACCAAGACACAAAGGCACAUACAUGUUUCAGGUCCUUCCAAAGUAAAGGUGGAUUGACGUUCAGUUGUAGGAAGAAUGUGAAUGUUCUAACAGCUGAGCCUGUCCCUGUGGACAGCGGAGCAGCGUCUACCCUUGUGGAUAAGUAGCAAGAGCUGGGAGCCAUAGAAGGCUUUGCUGUCUUGCUCAACAUUACUAGUAUUACCCCCAAGGCCCUCAAUUUUCUGUAACUGCUGUUCUCAGCCCAGCUGCUCUCAACAGGCUGGAGCCCUGAUCUGUGGCACCUCUGUUCUCUCUCUAGCUUGUUUCCAGUAUCUCAGAGCCUCAGUCCUCCUCAGCCCCAUCUGCCCUGUGGGAAGAGCAGAGCCAUCAUCUCAGGCCCACCAGGCCAUGGGAUCAGGCAGCCUGCAGGGUCCUUGGCAUCUGGGCACGUGUUCCAGAG